GCAACUUCAACAAGCAUUUUUAAUUAUUUCGAAAGCAAAGUGCAGCUGCAAUUUCAAAAGCUUGAACGUUUAUUUAAUUUCUCAUUCAACGAGUUAAACUAUCGACAACUGGGGCUCGAACACGAGUCUUUUUCUCUAGCGCAAACUCGUAAAAAGUAAAAAAUUUCAUUGAUAAAUAUUAAGCUCGUCAAUGAAAUUUUCUCACUUUUUACGAUUUCACGCUAUAAUAGAGAAAAAGAUUGACGCUCGAGCUCCGGAUGCCUGUUUCCACCAAUGCAGAUCAACUUAAAUUUUGAUUGAACUUGCCAUCUUUUUUCAAUUCUUAGGACUAGAAAGAGACAAAAAGAAGGUUAAACCGACAUGAAAAUGAAUCUACGUAGCGAGAUUUCAGUUAGCAGAACCUGCGUCCACGCUUUCGAAAUGUCUCGUUCUCGUGACACAAAGCCGUACAUAACAACCUCAAUUAAUCCUCUCUCGCAGUUAGAGUUUUCUUUUCAUUUUGCCCGAGUGCAGACGCGCGCGUACGCGCACCCUUUCCGGUAUCGCCGGCGCGAAUUGCGCACGCAAAUUGCGAGACGGGUUGGCGCCGCUCCCUCGAACGGAGCCCCACCAACCCCACCAUCGCACGCGCGAUCUCCGAACGGCUGCAACAACAGCUGCGCGUUCGAUCGUAAUAAUAGCACCGCCGAGUGGAUCUCGAUCGCGAGACACGGCGGAGCGACAGCCGCCACGGCGAGCUCGCGUCGCCGCGGAUCGGCGAACCCACCGACGGUUUCACUCUCAGCGAACGCCUUGCGUGAAUCCGCUCGCGGGACGGAGAGAACGCAAAGGAGAGCUUUUGGCAAAGAUCCUAGCCAAGUUUCACGUCGAGAACUUUCGUCGAGGCCUUGCGAUUUUGGAGGAAGGAUCUCGAGCGAGGUUACGGUUGCGGUUCCCGUGCGACGUGACGCAGCUCCACCCACAUAGCGCUGCGCGGCUUCCUUGCAU